AUGGGAUGGAUGUUGAUGCAUUUCGAACAAUAUACCAAUGGGCUAUACAGUCUAAGCCACUUAGUCCGUUCGUCCAUCCACAUCCGAUCCUUCAAAGCUUCUUUCGACCCUUCGGCGCAAUCCCAGUCUUCACGUCAUCUCUCCGCCAUUUCCUACUCUCAGCCGUCGGCUCAAGGGAACAACAGUUCUUCAGUGAAAGAUGAUACGACGUAUCUAUUUCUAGAAAACAAGGGUGAUUCCUCAGAAUCAGAGCCUCAACCUAGAGACAAAUACAAGAUCCUGGCCGUCAAACCCUCUGCCGUCCCGUUAGCACUCCUUCAAAACCUCAUGAACCCCUUCGUCAUGGGUCUGUCAAAAUCAGCCAAAUCAGCAGCUUCCGCGACUGCCACGCAGUCUUCCCUUGUUCCAACACCCCUGCCUGGUCAAUCACUACUCAUCACCUCAUUCGCCUUCCCACCAUUGUCUCCACCUGGUCCGCAGAUGGUCGUCACCGUACACAGUCUCCCCGCCCCAACAGCAUCCAGUAUCUUCCUCGAAAUCGAACAUGGAACCUCAAAGUGUUCAAAUGGGACACAUCAGAAGGCAGGCGGCAAGAUUGGCAGAAUGGCCCCGAGAGAAAUCGUAGAGUCACCUAUCUCUUGGCUAGAUGCCUGA